AAAAAAAGUAACUUUAAAACGUAAAGACUAAAAACAAAAUAAAGCAAAAAGCAAACAAACAACGCAUCAUUAAAAUCUAAGUAAGCAUAACAUAAAACGAAUCUACGUCACAGGCACAUUGCAUUGCAUUGCAUUACUGUUAAAUGUGUAAAUAAGCAGGUGACGCGCAAGAGCGAAUGGUGUGCGGACUACUUUUUUUUGUCAACUUUUAAAACAAAAAGCAAAAAAACAAAAAAAAAACAAAAAAAAGCAAAAGUAACCAACUAACGAACCACACAGACAGAUAGACAGAAAGAGUGAAGUACUUGUCACCAUUUAUUUACCUUUACAAAAACGUGUUGUCCUAACAAAUAAAAAGGUGUGGCAGCAACGUAAGCUUUUUGCUCUUUUUCCUUACAAAAGCAGCCGCCGCCGCUAACAAACAAGAGAAGCAUUAACAAAAUGCCUUCGGGAUUAAGAUUUUUCGUAUUUUUAUGGAUAACAUUCGCCAACUCAUGGAUCAGUUACACCACCAUCACCAACAGCAGAAGCAGCAGCCUCGGCAUCGGCAGUGGCAUCAGCGCGGCGGCUAACACACGUCACUUUGGCCUGAUGAUGGGUGUGCAGGCUCAACCAUCAUUAACCGAGAAAAUUCCAUUAGGCGCCAUAUUCGAGCAGGGUACUGAUGAAGUGCAAUCAGCCUUUAAGUAUGCAAUGCUGAAUCAUAAUUUGAACGUAUCAUCACGACGCUUUGAGUUGCAAGCCUACGUCGACGUCAUUAAUACAGCCGACGCCUUUAAACUGUCUCGUUUAAUAUGCAAUCAAUUUUCGCGUGGUGUUUAUUCAAUGCUUGGCGCUGUUUCGCCGGAUUCAUUUGAUACAUUGCAUUCGUACAGCAAUACAUUUCAAAUGCCGUUUGUGACGCCAUGGUUUCCCGAAAAAGUAUUGACACCAUCGUCCGGUUUUUUAGAUUUUGCCAUUAGCAUGCGUCCCGAUUAUCAUCAAGCCAUUAUUGAUACAAUACAAUUUUAUGGUUGGCGUAAAAUCAUUUAUCUCUAUGACUCACACGACGGUCUGUUGCGGUUGCAACAAAUCUAUCAGGGCUUAAAGCCCGGAAAUGAAUCGUUUCAAGUGGAGAUGGUGAAGCGGAUUACCAACGUUACAAUGGCCAUUGAUUUCCUGCAUACGUUGGAGGAUUUCGGUCGUUUCACAAAUAAAUACAUUGUUCUCGAUUGUCCUACGGAAAUGGCAAAAGAGAUACUAAUUCAGCACGUUAGAGACAUUUCAUUGGGACGUCGAACCUAUCACUACUUGCUUAGUGGCCUGGUUAUGGAUGAUCGUUGGGAAAGUGAGAUAAUCGAAUUCGGUGCUAUUAAUAUAACUGGUUUUCGCUUGGUCGAUACUAAUCGUCGUUUAAUUAAGGAAUUCUAUGAAAGUUGGAAGCGUCUGGACCCAAACACAUCGGUUGGAGCUGGACGAGAAUCUAUAUCGGCACAAGCUGCACUCAUGUACGAUGCUGUAUUUGUUUUAGUGGAAGCGUUCAACAAAAUUUUGCGCAAGAAACCUGAUCAAUUCCGCAACAACAUACGACGGGGUCAAACAGCAAUGGCAGCGGCUUCUACAUCAGCGAAUACCACAGGACUAACGAGUAAUGGCAUGCUUGGUGGCGGUAUCGGCAGCAAUUUAAUGGGUGGAAGCUCAUCGGGUGGUAAUGGAAACGGCAUAGGUGGCGGGAAUAGUGGCGGUGUCGGAGGUAGCAAUAGCAAUAAUAACAAUGCUCCGCGCGCAUUGGACUGCAACACUUCAAAAGGAUGGGUGAAUCCGUGGGAGCAUGGCGAUAAGAUAUCCCGCUAUUUGCGUAAGGUUGAAAUUGAAGGACUUACGGGCGACAUUAAAUUCAACGACGACGGUCGACGUGUGAAUUACACUUUACACGUUGUUGAGAUGACUGUCAACAGUGCCAUGGUUAAGGUAGCCGAAUGGAGCGACGAUGCAGGCCUUCAGCCACUAUCUGCCAAAUAUGUACGGCUGAAGCCUCACGCCGAAAUCGAAAAGAAUCGCACAUACAUUGUAACGACUCUGCUUGAAGAGCCGUACAUCAUGUUGAAACGGCCCGUUGUAGGUGAGACACUAGAUAGCAAUGAUCGCUUUGAGGGUUACUGCAAGGAUUUAGCCGAUUUGUUGGCCAAAAAAUUGGGCAUCAAUUUUGAGAUGCGUUUGGUGAAAGAUGGUACUUACGGUUCCGAGAAUCCCAACGUUCGUGGCGGUUGGGAUGGCAUGGUAGGCGAACUAGUGCGUCGAGAAGCGGAUAUUGCUAUAGCUGCCAUGACAAUAACCGCUGAACGUGAGCGAGUUAUCGAUUUCAGUAAACCGUUCAUGUCACUGGGCAUUUCGAUAAUGAUUAAAAAACCAGUCAAGCAGACACCAGGCGUGUUCAGUUUCAUGAAUCCUUUAUCACAAGAAAUUUGGGUGAGCGUUAUAUUCAGCUACAUUGGUGUGAGUAUUGUGCUCUUCUUUGUUUCACGUUUCUCGCCGUAUGAAUGGCGUGUGGUGCAAUAUCAGACAGAUUCACAUGCACAUCACGAUCAACUGUCUACUCAACAGCCACCUGGUAUUAUAGGCGGGGUGCCGAUGCCCGGCUCCAUAACCGCAACGUCGGCAGGUGGCGUUAUAGGUGGUGGUGGUGGUGCUGGCAGUGUUGGUGGUGGUGGUGGUGGUGUUGUCGGUAUUGGUACGGGUAGUAAUAUUGGUGGCUCUGGUGCAUUGCCAACAUCUGCAACAGUUGCUGUCAACGAUUUUAGCAUCUUGAAUUCGUUUUGGUUUUCUUUGGCUGCCUUCAUGCAACAGGGCUGUGAUAUAUCGCCACGAUCAAUAUCGGGACGUAUUGUUGGUGCUGUAUGGUGGUUUUUUACACUUAUACUUAUCAGCUCAUACACUGCCAAUUUGGCUGCCUUUCUAACCGUCGAGCGCAUGGUAACCCCCAUUAAUUCCCCAGAAGAUUUAGCCAUGCAAACUGAAGUACAGUACGGAACAUUAUUGCACGGUUCCACAUGGGAUUUUUUUAGAAGAUCCCAAAUCGGCUUACACAACAAAAUGUGGGAAUAUAUGAAUUCACGAAAGCAUGUUUUUGUGAACACAUACGAUGAAGGCAUACGUCGCGUCAGAACAUCAAAAGGAAAGUAUGCUUUGCUAGUAGAAUCACCGAAGAACGAAUAUGUAAACGCUCGAGAGCCCUGCGAUACCAUGAAAGUCGGCCGAAACCUGGAUACGAAAGGCUUUGGCAUUGCCACGCCAAUCGGUUCUCCACUCAAAGAUCCAAUUAAUUUGGCUGUACUGUCGCUAAAGGAGAACGGUGAACUGAUAAAAUUGCGCAAUAAAUGGUGGUAUGACAAAACCGAAUGCAACCUCAACAAGGACAAUCAGGAAACUUCGCACAAUGAAUUAUCAUUGAGCAAUGUAGCUGGCAUUUUCUACAUACUGAUCGGUGGUCUAUUGGUGGCGGUAUUUGUGGCCAUUAUAGAAUUUUGCUUUCGCAGCAAAUCAUCAACGGCGGCGAAAGCCAACGGUUCCAUGUUAAGUUCAACAUCGUCAUCAGUACAUCAAAGAAACUCAUUGUCGGAUGCCAUGCAUUCCAAAGCGAAAUUGACCAUUCAAGCAAGCAGAGAAUAUGAUAAUGGACGUGUCGGGUACCUAAAUUGUGCCUCGUUACAGUACUAUCCGACAGGUCAGCUUAGUGCGGGUGGUGGACCAGCGAACACACCACCCAAUGAUCCCGAAACGUUACAUAUGAAUGCACACAGUCAAGUUUGACAUGAACAUGCGCAGGAGUCUCGACUUUGACGUACACCCUGCGCACCCACAAUACGUCGCAUAAUGGCCAACAGCCGUCAGGAAACUGAGAAAAUACUAAGCAAUCACGAACAAUUGACGGCCAAUCAAAAUAGUGCGCUAAUGCGUAAUCCAGAUGUAAAUCAUCCCUAUAAUAAAUAAAUAAAAAAUGUAUACUUUAACCCUUCCUCCAGCUCUAUAGAACAUAACUGAACUAAAUAUAAAAUAAAAGAGAAAAUGAAACAAAAUAAAAUUUAAAAAAAAAAAAGGAAAAAAUUAACCCCAGUGAUGGUCUCUAAUGUAGUGGCCAUAUCUAAAUAUUUAUGUGUAUAUAUAUAUACGUAUAAGUAUAUAUAUUCUAUAUAAUAAUAUAGAGAAUUUAAUGACUAACAACAAACGCAACUUUUAAUAGAAUUAAAAUGUAUGAAUACAUUCAAAGGCGCAUAGACACAAACGCAGAUGCACAUCCAUACAUACGUACAUACAUACAUUCAUCCAUCCAUCC